CGAGCUCGGCGGGAGGCGGAGGGCGGCGCGGCUCCAGCGGGGCGGGCGGCGGCGGGCGGCCGGCCAGGGUCUUGGCGGGUCCUCGGCAGCCCCGGGGGAGGCCCUCUUUGUGGCUGCAGUUGGCAAGAUGGCGCCGGUGGGGGUGGAGAAGAAGCUGCUGCUGGGCGCCAAUGGCCCCGCGGUGGCGGGCGCCGGCGACCUCACCAGUGAGGAGGAGGAGGGCCAGAGCCUGUGGUCCUCCAUCCUGAGCGAGGUGUCCACCCGCGCCAGGUCUAAGCUCCCGUCCGGCAAGAACAUCCUGGUCUUCGGUGAAGAUGGUUCUGGUAAAACAACUCUCAUGACUAAACUACAAGGAGCUGAGCAUGGCAAAAAAGGAAGAGGCCUGGAGUAUCUCUACCUCAGUGUACAUGAUGAGGACCGAGAUGAUCACACACGCUGCAAUGUGUGGAUCCUGGAUGGAGACUUAUAUCAUAAAGGCCUGCUGAAGUUUGCAGUUUCUGCUGAAUCCUUGCCAGAGACCCUGGUCAUUUUUGUUGCAGACAUGUCUCGGCCUUGGACUGUGAUGGAAUCUCUACAGAAAUGGGCUAGUGUUUUACGUGAGCACAUUGAUAAAAUGAAAAUUCCACCAGAAGAAAUGAGAAAUCUGGAACAGAAAUUUAUGAAAGAUUUUCAAGACUAUGUUGAACCUGAAGAAGGUUGUCAAGGUUCUCCACAAAGAAGAGGACCUCUGACCUCAGGACCUGAUGAAGAAAAUGUUGCCCUGCCUCUUGGUGACAACGUCUUGACUCAUAACUUGGGGGUCCCAGUGUUGGUAGUGUGUACAAAGUGUGAUGCAGUGAGUGUUCUGGAGAAGGAGCAUGAUUACAGGGAGGAGCACUUUGACUUCAUCCAGUCACACCUUCGGAGGUUCUGCCUCCAGUAUGGAGCUGCCUUGAUUUACACAUCAGUCAAGGAAGAGAAAAACCUCGACUUGUUAUAUAAAUACAUUGUUCAUAAAACAUAUGGCUUCCACUUUACCACACCUGCCUUAGUUGUGGAAAAGGAUGCAGUUUUUAUACCUGCAGGCUGGGACAAUGAAAAGAAAAUAGCUAUUUUACAUGAAAAUCUCACAACUGUGAAGCCAGAAGAUACAUAUGAAGACUUUAUUGUGAAGCCUCCUGUGAGAAAGUUAGUCCAUGAGAAAGAGUUGGCAGCAGAGGAUGAGCAGGUGUUCCUAAUGAAGCAACAGUCACUCCUUGCCAAGCAGCCAGCCACGCCCACAAGAGCUUCUGAAUCCCCUGCAAGAGGACCCUCUGGCUCUCCAAGAACCCAGGGCCGGGGAGGACCAGCGAGUGUGCCUAGUGCCUCCCCUAGCACGUCAGUCAAGAAGCCAGAUCCAAACAUCAAAAAUAAUGCAGCAAGCGAAGGGGUGUUGGCCAGCUUCUUCAACAGUCUGCUGAGUAAAAAAACAGGCUCUCCUGGAAGUCCUGGUGCUGGUGGGGUACAGAGCACAGCCAAGAAAACAGGACAAAAACCUGUGUUGACAAAUGUUCAGGAAGAACUGGAUAGAAUGACUCGAAAACCUGACUCCACGGUAACAAACUCUUCAACAGAAAAUGAAGCCUGAUCAUCCUUAAAAAGUGCAUAUGUAAAAUGACCAAAUAACUAUGUAUAUUGAUCUGCUAAGACCAGGAUUUUUCUGAUAUGGCACAUGCUAUCAGUUUUUUGGGGCAGGGGAGAUGAACUUAAAAAAAAAAUCUACUUCAUUAACUUGUCCAAGUGUGGAAUGCACAUUUAGGAAAGUUACCUGUCAGACCCCUUUGUAAAAGGAUCACCCUUGUACUCUCAGGCAUGUGGCUCUCUCGUGGGAAGCAAAGUGCCACUGGGCUCCUUGUGGAGGAGAAGGUAGAUCGAGAGAAAAGGGACCCACUUUCUUUCAGGGUGGAGCAAGUGAGGCCAGAAAAUUAUUGAUCCGAUGGUGGUUAGUCUGACCAACUGUGUGUUAGCAAAAUUUACUUGUUCUUGGAAAGCAGAGUAAGUAGCAGAAAGUUCCGGAAAGAAAGAGAAAGACUGAGAGAAAGAGAAGUGAUAGUGGUGGGGAAGCUGAACAUUGGAGGAAAGAGAUGAUAAGCAGUGUUAAUAAAUCCUGUGUGUUCAGUAGAAGUCAAAUAAACAUUUUAAGACUUGAAAACAUUUCAAACUAAACACUAAGCAAAAUGGGAAAUAGACUUCUUCUGAAUGCAUCUGUAACUUACGGGAGAUCUUUAAGUGUGAGAGUGCCUGAGUCAGGUGGAGCUGAUACAGAAGUGCAGAAGAUGGCGACUACCCAGACUCAUGUGCUUGGCCCAGGUGGUGUCCUCCUGGGAGGUGCUGUGCUCCACACAUGUGCAUCAUGGGGUGAACAGUCACUGAGGGGUGGGUGUGCUUAAAAUCAGCAGUUAGAAAAUUAGUUUACUUUUAAUUGUGCUUUCUAAAUGGCUCCUGCAUUGUUUUUCAAAUUAAAACAAACAAAAUACACCACAGGCUGGCCUACUAAUACCAAAUAAGUGACCAACUGAUCAGUUUUGUCAAUGUGCUACAGGAAAUUUGAGGGAGGUUUUGGUUAUUGGUUUUUGGUUUUUUUGUAAUUGCACUCUAAUUAAUUGACUUGCACCAGUCCCUGCCUUACAGUCUAUGGAAGUUGUCCUGGAGUUCCAUUGAUGCAAAAGGGUCCUAGCUCCUUGGUCUGAUCAAUGCUAUCAGAUGGACAAAUAAGUGUCCCUGUUUUAUAUUGAAAAGGGGAAUGAUACAUUUCUCUUGUUUUGCGUUUUUCAUAAAAUGUAGCAUUUUUUUCUUAUGGAAAUAAGAGCUUUAUAUGUCUUCACUUGUGGCAAAUCCAUCCACUUUGUCAUGUUACAUCACCAUUCUGGAAAUGAAUUCUGUGGUUCAAGAUCGCACUUUUAAUUUUAUACAUGACGCAGAACAUUUUAAUGCAAACACUACCAUGAGUUUAAUGUGUAAGACAUUUGUUGUCAAACCAAGGGGGGGAAAAAACACAGUUCACUUAUGUGGAGUUUACUUUUUUAUAUGAAUGUUUGUUGUACUGUGUCUGAGUAUAAAACUUCCCUAAUGUAAUUACUUUUACAUACCAGAUUUGAUUGACCACUAACAUAGUACUGGGCAUUACUUAAUGUCCUAUGUUAUAUAACGAGACUAUAGACUGUCUUGAAUUCUUUUUUUGUAAAGGUCUGAACACUGUUAAGGAGAAAGUUGGGUAUCAACUUGCCUUUCUGAUGAACAUAAAAAGCACGUUUCUUGUGCCGAUUUUAUUGUUGAAAAUAUACUUUUCCUCCCUUUUUUAAUUCAGUUUUUUUUUUUUUAAUGUAUUAUGGUUUCCUGUUAAUUACAGAGUGUCCAGGUAGUGACAGUGAGCUGACUAUGGGAUGAUAGUUGUGGUGUAGUGAUCAAUAGAUGCCUAAUAGCUUGUGGCCACACUAAUGAUGGGGUCACUUAGCCCCUCCAUAUAAGCUGAGAAGGACAAAAUGAGUGACCUCAGAGAUAAGAAAAAAUUCUUAGAAAGACACAUGCCUAAGAAGGAUACAGUAUAAUUUAAACUUUAAUGCAAUUUUUUACUUUAUUUUUUAUCAUUUAAACUGAUAAGCACUUUUUGUGUCAGUGUAAAAUGAACUAAAACUGAUGAAAUUCCAAGACACCUGUCUUAUGAAGGAAGAUUCCUUGGAGAUCACUUUUAGUUUCUUAUGACAAGUGGAUGCUCCUAUUAUCAGAAGAGACUGAUGCAGAGUCAUGUGCUCAGUGAUUGCCAAAGUCUACCAGCUUUGGGGGAGCUACAGGGUUCUUGGGGGAAGGGUAGAAAUUUUUUUGUUGUUAUUGUUAUAUUGGGGUUGUCAUGCAUUGGAACCAAAGGCCAAACAAUAAACAGCCUGUGCUUUUUUAAAGUAAAAUUCAUCUUAUUUGUGAAAUACACACCUAUGGUAUACUGUUAAAGGCAAUUUUUAUGACUAUUUAUAUACAUUAUAUGGGUUAUAGCUACUGUUUGUCUUUAAAAUGAAAAAUCUUAAUAAAACAAGCCCAACUUUGAAGAUGUGGCCAUGAAAAGGCCAUGGAUUGGUCUUUCCUAAAAACGCAAUGGGUAUGCUGCUAGAAUUAUUUAAUUUUGUUUGCACUUUUUUUUUUAAUUGGCAUUUUAAAAUCAGUAUUUAAACUGAAGACUUUGCCGUGCUUUAUUAGUUUAACAAACAGAAAGUGACUGGUCUGUACAUCAUGACUUUAACAAUGUUGAUGCUGUAAGUGAAAGUUCACUGUCUGUUAAUACUAAGUUUAUUGGUGUUUUUAACUUAAAGUUAGGACUGCAGAUUUACUCCCCCACCAGCCUUAGUCUGGGGGUAUGGUUCUAUCCAGAUGCAGUAUGCAGUCAUGUGGAACCUUGCUUUCUAGUGCUGGAAAAGAAGAUGUCUCUAAUUACUGGUUUCAAUAAACAUGAACCCAGACUGCUUACAA